AUGAAUACAAAUAACCAAACUUCUCAUGGUUAUUCUGAUUUACCAAUAUAUCAGACUGGAAAUAAUUUUGCACCUUCACAUUUUCUUGAUAAUAAUAACAAUGACCAACGCACUUCCAUUAACAAUGUAGGGAUGUCUAAUACUUUCAUCAUUAAUACUAUAACUCCCACACUUCAAAACGAUACAUUUGAAUUUUACUUUCCUUUACAUGAUAACGAUACACGCAUUUAUUACAUUACAUAUACCGAAUUACAUCCAUUAGAAAUUGCGCAAUUCUUGAAUAAUAGAGUAAAUUUAUCUUGUAUUCCCGAUCAUCAGUUUCCACAACAUUAUAAUAUUCAAUCUUUAAUUCGACAACAGAUUCAGCAACAAGUCCAACAACCCGUUUAUCAACAAAAUAGUGUUCAACAACAAUCUUUUGAUACUAUUAUUCAACCUACGCAACAGUCUCAAUUUCCUCAGCAAAUUCAAUCGCAACAAUCUCAAUUUCCUCAACAAAUUCAAUCGCAACAAUCUCAAUCUCCUCAACAAAUUCAAUCGCAACGAACUUACCAAGUAUAUUCAGAUAAUAAUAACGCUUAUAAUAAUUUUUUAAAUUCAGUAAACGGAACUAUUUCUGAUAAUAUUCAAGAUACAAGAUUUCAGAAUUCUUCCUAA